GGUAUCAAUUUCAUUCAAUUAGUGAUCAAUGUUUAUUAAUUUUAAUUGUAAAAAUCAAAACUGAACAAAUAAUUUCGGCCGGUCCUACUACUUUAAUACGUAGUAGUAAUAGUUUAAAAAAAAAGGCCUCCACAUUUAAAACUCACUCCGAUCCUCUGCCAUAUUCUGGCCCGGGAGCUCUGGUUCCACAUGGGGUUUGUAGCUUCCGAUGGCUCCCGGCUCAAAAUCGUAGAUUGUUGUCUGAGGCUGGCCGCCGCCGUCUGGCUCGCAGUGAGUGACCGGCAGGCCAAUAGCAGCUACGGAGUGCUCCUCAGUUUCGCCCACCUCGGGGCUCUCCGGUAUACGGUGGCUGUGGGCGUUGCAUGUGGCGGAUAUGCACUGUUCACCGCCGUGGCUUUGUGGAUGAGAAGUCUGGUUUCCAAAGCAUGGUUCUUCUUUCUCUCUGAUCAGAUUAUUGCGUACGUGACCGUAACGUCCGUGGGAGCGUUUGCAGAGAUCGUUUAUUUGGCAUAUAACGGCGAUGAAGAGGUGACGUGGAUGGAAGUGUGCAGUUCUUAUGGGAAGUUCUGUGGCAGGUUGAAGCUGGUUUUGGCUCUGCUUGCCAUUGUGCUCUGCUGUUUUGUCUCUUUAGCUGUGAUUUCUGCAUUUAGGGUCUUCAGCAGAUAUGAAUAUCCCUCUAUUCAUUGUGAAGAAUUUGAGAAGCAAGUGAAAUAAUGUUAGGCCUUUCCACUAUGAGUGUAUGUGUGUCAAAAGACCUUUCUAUUUUUUUGAACAAUUUUCAAUCCAAUGUACUUGUGGAAAUGUAGUGUUG